ACCAAAUAUAGGUUGUCCAGAUCUGCUGUCUGUCACCUUGUAAUUCUGGAUUAUCUCGUCAUUUGACCAUAUUGCAGGUCCUAAUUGUGGACUGGAAUAACCAUCUCUUCUGACGACCAAUCUGAGACGCAAACAUGGCGGGGGAGUGCGACAAGAAGCAGUUGCUAAUUUUUGUUGGUAUUCUAGCAGUCAUUGCUGUGAUCAUGGUACCGACUAUAAUUCUCACCUCAAGACCACGGACGGACGAUGUGACUUCUCCUCCGACAACCGAUGAGCCGCCUGCGACGGAGGCGGAGAUGCUCAGGGUGAACUGUCUUCCCGAUGUCGCUGGUCUAUCGGGAGAGGUGUCAAAAGAAGUUUGUGAUAAUCGAGGCUGCAUCUUUGCACCAUCCGCCAACUCAAAGGUUGCAGCUUGUUAUGUGCCUUCUGCGGACCAUGGCUACAGAAUGAUAGGAGAGACAAAGCCCACUAGUUUAGGUUUCGAGGUGGAGCUUUCAAUGAAACGUAAGGGUCUAUUUGGAGGCGACAUCGACAAUGUGACGUUAGCGGUGGAGAUGAGGAGUAACGACAUGCUACGCUUCAAGUUUUAUGACCCUGCCUCGAGUCGUUACGAAGUUCCAAUUGAGCUACAUCUGGGAGGCAUCAAGGCGAGGACGCCUCGAUACGAGUUCAAAAUAACCAACCAGGACCCGUUCGCGUUCCAAGUUAUUCGCCGCAGUAGCGGGACAGUUCUAUGGGAUACCAGUGUAGGAGGAUUUAUGUUUGCCGACCAAUUUCUCCAAAUAGCAACGAAGCUUCCAUCAAGAAAUAUCUAUGGAUUCGGAGAAAACCUUCACCACUCUUUCCGACAUGAUCUCAACUUCCGAACAUGGCCGAUGUUUGCCCGCGACCAGCCUCCAAGUUUCUGGGGUGAGAACCUAAACUUAUACGGAGUGCAUCCCUUUUAUACCAAUAUUGAGAACGACGGGCAGUCGCAUGGGGUGUUUCUCCUCAACAGCAAUGCUAUGGAUUACAGCCUGACGAAUGCUCCGAUGCUGACCUACAGAACCAUUGGCGGCAUCCUCGACUUCUUCGUCUUCCUCGGUCCAUCGCCGGAAAACGUUAUACAACAGUACACAAAGCUUAUCGGCCGCCCCUACAUGCCACCCUACUGGAGCCUUGGCUUUCAGUUAUGUCGUUACGGCUACAAUAAGCUGGCAAAUCUUAAAGAUGCAGUCGACAGGACGAAACAGUUUAACAUUCCACACGAUGUGCAGUACGCCGACAUCGACCACAUGGACACAAGGAUGGACUUCACUGUGGACUCAGUCAACUUCGCUGGACUUGCAGAUUAUUUCGAUGAGCUUCGAUCAGGUGGAAUGAAAACAAUCAUUAUUCUGGACCCUUGCAUCAUCACCAAUGUUUCCAACUACCGCCCCUACGACCUUGGCAAGGAGAUGGAUGUGUUCAUCAAAUGGCCGUCCAAGGAAGCCACGCCACCGGCUGAUUACGCUGAUAUCAAUGCUACAUAUAUGCUAGGCUUCGUCUGGCCCCAAGGAAAGGUGGUAUUCCCUGACUAUCUAAAGGAGAACACCAGUAUCUACUGGAAGGAGCUGAUUGUUGAGCAUCGGAAGAACCUUUCUUUCGACGGACUCUGGAUCGAUAUGAACGAACCAGCCAACUUUGGCACCAAUGGUGAACGGCCAUUUAACUGGCCGGUAGACGCGAAACCAUAUUGGGCAUUGAAGUGCCCCGAGUCUAAGUGGGACGAUCCACCUUACAGAACAUGGGCUGCAUCGAUCCACGACCAGAGCAAAGACAUCUUGGGUCGCCUCUCCGACAAGACCCUCUGCAUGGUGGGAACCCACGGAGAUGGCAAGUACAAGCAUUACGAUGUCCACAAUCUCUAUGGAUGGAGCCAGUCAAAACCUACUUUAGAUGCCCUGCGAGCAGCCAACCCAGGAAAGCGUGGAAUGGUCAUCUCCCGGUCUACCUAUCCAAGUAGUGGGACUUCUGCUGGUCAUUGGCUUGGAGACAACGUCAGUCAGUGGAGGGACCUCCACGAGUCAAUAGUCGGAAUGUUAGAGUUCAAUCUGUUCGGAAUUCCGUAUGUCGGUUCAGACAUAUGCGGUUUCUGGGGAGAGUCGAACGCGGAACUCUGCAAGAGGUGGAUGCAACUUGGGGCCUUUUACCCCUUCUCAAGGAAUCACAACGGAGAACUUAAUACCCCUCAAGAUCCUGGCUACUAUGGCGGUGAUGUUGCUGAACUAUCACGCGACUCCUUGGAAACCCGUUACCGUCUGCUACCGUAUCUGUAUACUCUGUUCCAUAUUGCUCACACCAGGGGCAACACUGUGGUCCGAGCUCUUCAUCACGAAUUCCCUGCAGAUACAGCAGCCCUCGGUGUUGAUAGACAGUUCCUGUGGGGUGAGGGCCUUCUGAUUUCUCCCAUUCUCGAAAUGGGUCAAUCGAAACUGGAGUUUUAUCUGCCAGGGAAACAAGGAUGGUAUGAUUAUUAUACGGGCAAAGUUUUAACCACCAAGGAGAACGAGAUGCUUGUGGAGCCAAAGACUCGUAUACCUCUUCAUAUCAGAGGAGGAUACAUUCUGCCCACACAAGAACCAGCUAACAAUACAUAUUUUAGUCGCCAAAAUAGUUUUGGUUUGAUUGUUGCUCCCUCUGUACAAGAUGGCCGUUCAUCUGGCGAGUUGUUCUGGGAUGAUGGAGACUCUGUUGAUACAUACGAGAAUGGUAGAUACUACAUGGCAAGAUUUAUGGGCGAAAAGUCUAGAAUAAGCAUGACGAUAGAGUAUAACAGUGGAGUGCCAGAGAUUGAACAAAGGAUUCUCGAUUCAAUUAGGAUAUUCCACGUCGAUUAUAAUUCUCCAUGGGUGUAUAUAAAUGGAAAUAUAUCCCACAACAGCUAUUCAUACGACAAAGCGAAUAAGGUUUUAACACUGGAUAACCUCAACCUGAAGAUGACAGAGGACUUUACCAUAGAAUGGAGUUCAAGAAGAUUACCAACUACAGAGGAGGCCCAUCGCCUGAACUGCUUUCCCGAAUGGCUAGAGCAUUCUUCUCUGACGGAAGCUAAAUGUCUGAACAGAGGAUGCGUGUGGCAACCGGUACCAGAGAAUGAUAAUGUACCAGCAUGUUACCUAAACAAGACAACCUUUGGUUACACCAUGGUGUCCGAGGUGGCUACGCCGCUGGGAAAAAGAUUCAACUUAAGAUGGCUCAGUUCUUCCUCGAUGUUCGGUGGUGACAUACAUAAUGUCACAUUAGAUGUCGAGAUGGUCGACACGCAAAAGUUUAGGAUUAAGCUUUACGAUCCCAACAACGCUCGAUAUGAGGUUCCGGUUCCACUAAACUGGGGCACCACAAAGGCUGGUGUGGUGGAUUUUGAAAUCCUCGGAGGCAACUACGCCAAUGGAGUAUUCGGCCUCAAGAUAUCCAGGAAAAGUACCGGGCAGAUGAUAUGGGAUACAACAGUAGGUGGCUUGGCGUUCGCGGACCAGUUCCUCCAACUUGCCACGAAGCUUCCGUCUGAAGAUAUCUACGGUAUUGGAGAAAACCGCCACGAUUCGUUCAAACACGAUAUCAACUACCAGGCGUGGCCGUUAUUCUCACGAGACCAACCACCUGAGUCAAAUCACAAAAACCUUUACGGGGUUCAUCCGUUUUAUAUGAACGUGGAAGACGCGGCUGGACACGCCAAUGGAGUACUGCUCCUCAACAGUAACGCAAUGGAGAUCAGCCUCCAGCCUGGGCCAAUCCUGACCUACAGGACUACCGGGGGCGUCCUGGACUUUUACAUCGUCCUCGGGGACUCCCCAGAACAAGUCGUCCAGCAGUACACAGAGAUCAUUGGUCGGCCAUAUCUUCCGCCAUAUUGGAGUCUUGGCUUCCAACUCUGUCGCUAUGGCUACAACUCUCUGGAAAAUCUCAAGGCAGCUGUGAAGAGAACUAUGGAUGCUGGCAUACCACUGGAUGUCCAAUACGCGGACAUCGACCACAUGGAUGAGAGAAAGGACUUUACCUGGGACGCCAAGAAAUUUGCUGGUCUACCGCAAUACGUUAAGGAGCUACAGAGUGCAGGAAUCAGGUUUAUUACAAUUUUGGAUCCUGCCCUUCUUGCAGAGGACUCAAAUUAUCACCCGUAUGUGCUCGGAAAGGCAAUGGACGUGUUCAUCAAAUGGCCAAAUGGGACCAGUCCUGACUUUGAGUAUUUUAAGGAUCACAACAUGUUAGGUUAUGUUUGGCCGGCUGGUAAAGUUGUCUUCCCAGAUUACCUGAAGCCUGCUACUCACGACUAUUGGCAGACACUGAUUGUUGACCACCACAGUAACAUAUCAUUUGACGGCUUAUGGAUCGAUAUGAAUGAACCAGCAAACUUCGGCACAAAUGAAGACAAGCCCUUCAACUUGCCAGAAGGUGAUCCUGAAUGGAGCUUGAAAUGUGCCACAACAAGCUUAGAUGAUCCGCCGUAUGUGCCAGCAACAUUCAAAGGGAAGCGCCUCUCCGACAAGACUCUCUGCAUGGUUGGAUUGCAGAAUGACUCCAUGUACCACCACUAUGAUGUUCACAGUCUGUACGGAUGGAGUCAGACCGAACCAACACUGAACGCACUGCAACAGGCGACAGGGGAACGCGGUAUUGUCAUAUCUAGGUCGACCUACCCCAGCAGCGGCGCCAAGAGCGGCCAUUGGCUCGGGGACAACGUUAGUAGCUGGCGGAGCAUGAGGGACUCUAUCAUCGGGAUGUUGGAGUUCAAUCUCUUUGGAAUCCCAUACAUUGGUGCGGAUAUCUGCGGUUUCUUUGACAAUGCGACAAGCGAGUUGUGUCAGAGGUGGAUGCAGAUUGGUGCCUUCUAUCCAUUCUCGAGGAACCACAACGGAAUCAAUUACAAGGAUCAAGAUCCAGCAGCCUUUGGUCAAAGCGUGGCAGCUUCGUCUAAGAAGGCAUUGGAAAUCCGUUAUGAGCUGUUGCCCUAUUUGUACACCCUCUUCUACCAGGCGAAUACUGAAGGAAGGACGGUUGUCAGAUCUCUUAUGAACGAGUUCCCGACGGACCUGAACUGUCGCAGCAUUGAUCGUCAGUUUAUGUGGGGUUCUGGGCUGAUGAUAGCUCCAGUGUUGGAAGAAGGAAAGACAAGCGUAGAUGCCUAUUUGCCUGGAGCCCGAUGGUUCGAUUACUACUCAGGUGCUGAGGUUACCGGUUGCCCAAGAGUGUUUACAGCAGCAGCUCCUCUGGAUACUAUUCCUCUGGUCAUCCAAGGUGGGAACAUCCUCCCAACACAGAAACCGGCCAACAAUACUCACUACAGUCGCCUCAAUCCAUUUGGUUUGAUUAUUGCACCAGAUGAGAACGGACUGGCAGCAGGUACCUUGUUCUGGGAUGAUGGAGUCGGAAAAGAUACAGUCAAGGCGAACAAGUACUUUCUUGCCAAUUUCACCUACGCUCAGGUGAUGCGUACAAUUGAGGUGAAAAAUCUAUCUGACACUGGGCCUGACAUGUCCUCCAUGACAUUGAACAGUUUGCGGGUUUUUGGAGUUAUCACUAAACCUAAAGAACUACUCCUUGCUGGCAAUCCAAUCAAAGUGGCAUACUCCUAUGAUGCUGAAUCUAAGGAACUUCUUGUUGAAGAACUUGGUCUACGAAUGAACACAGAUAAUUUCGUGCUAUCCUGGCAGUAAUCAUAAGGAAAACAAAGAAAUGGAAAGAGGAACGCUGAUGCAAUAGUGUGAUAGCUGGCCAAUCAGUCCCACCUAGUUUUUCUUGAAUGGAAGAGAGGAUUCAGUAAAGUUCUUUGUGGAUGACUUUAUGUUUGUCAUCAAACGCUCGAGGAUACAAUUCUUUACAAAAUAUAAGUUUUAUAAAUAUGGUUUUUUAAUGCGAUAAAGUUUCAUUCAGAUAUGCCGUGUUGCAUGGACGUAGAGAAGUACUUUCCUUUCAAAAUUCACGCGAAGUGCUGGGCCAAUAAAAACGCCCCAUGUGAUAAGGGUCUUAUAGGGACCCUCGGCCUCUUAAAGCUACAGGUUCUGGGCUUAGCGUUAUGACGGAUUCUGCCCGAGUCCGCGUCAAAUACCGGUACGAAUUUCUUUACCCUCACACUGACAGGCUUCUUUCCCCGAUAAUAUACAAAAACGAGGUUUCCAUUCGUAUAAUCAAACGCCAUUUUACCCCUUUCAUGAAUUGGUGCACAGUUGAGAAGUUUAAGUUUAAGUUUGAUUUUUGUUCUUGAGUUCGACGAACACGGCAUUGAAAACGUAGCAAGACAAAUCUCGGAACACCGACCACGAUGCUUAUUGCAAUUUAUCCCAAGUUCUAAAACUAUUUCACCAUUUAUCGGCUCAUGCAGUGAUUGUUGCAACCAGCAAAUACGAAUAUCAGGAAGUUCUAAAGUUAUUUUCUGUGUGUAACUGCUUUUCUUUGUAAGAAGAAAGAAACUUUUCUGUAAUGGAACGCGGACUAAAAUGUCACCACUUCGCCCUAAUAUCAGACACGCGUGACGCCAUGCCCCAGAAAUUGGUGAUGGUCAAAAACGUAUUAUUCUAUAGGAGUAUCGAUAGACAGCCCUCUGGGGUUUUAUCAAGAGAUCCAACCUUUCACCCUUAAGUUGAAAUUCUGAUUUGCAAAGCCAAAUUUGAAGUGAUGGACUAUCAGGUCUCCUCUGUCGGGGUACUCCUCUCCUGGGGUACUCCUCUGCUGGUGAAACCAUGGCUAUUAGAGAGCGCCUUUCACUAUCAUCGUCACUUUGAUCGAAAGUAAGAAAUUCUACAUUCAUUUUUGGCCUGAUGAUAACACCUCCAAAAAUCUUUCCAGAACUGAAAUCUAAAACAUGCUUGCCAUUUUUAUCAUGAGUCUGAGCAAUACAUAAAUAAGAGUACAUGUAAGUCAGCUCAAUGUAGAGUUGGUUGAAAUUGUAAGUUUUUCUGACAAAGGGUUUCCGAGCGAUGUCGAUGUUUGGUGCCCAUGUGAAGGUCACAAUACGGGAAUGAACAGACUGCUGUCGCCGAACUGAUGACGACACUCUCAGCAUGAUAACAAACACAUUGUUUAAGAAAUAUACCUUGUUUCCUGGACUCCUCAAAUACGAAGAGUGCUUUGACGGAAUAGCGAAUCCAAUUAGUGUGUCGUGGUCGAUGAAGGUUCUGCUAUAUGGUCUGAGACAAACGGGGAAAAUGAAAGUCCAGUAUUAUACAAAGAAUCGGCUACACAACAAGUUUCAGUGCCUCUACUGAGUACUUGACAGCAACGCUAUCUGUAACAUAGCCUAAUUUUGGCCAGUGUGAUAAAAUCAAGAACCCAUUUUGUAAUCUAUCACGAAUUUCGUAAUUCUAUCACAUUGGUAAAGUACCGGAAUGCUUUCGUUUCAUUGAAAUUUGAAACGAAACACCGCUCUUCGCAAUCACACUGUAUGGGAAGUUUCAAUGAAUGAACUGCAGAAAAAUCAACUUGACUUGGAUUGGCCCACGGAUCUUUGGAUUGACGGUCCACUACUGUACCGUUGAGGUGUCGAGAUUUUCUGUUUUUUUCGGAACUAACACCAUUACAAGCGCCAACGGCUCGGGGCUUCUUCGAUCGUAUUGAGAUUUUUAAUAUUUUUCCAUAGGAUUCGUCAAUUUGCUUCGGUAAAAAAAUCAGUACUUGCGUAUCAUAUCCUUUUAUAGCAAAUGAUUCAUGCAUAUCAAUAAUUACUUAGGCAAAAUAUAGGAAAGCUAACCAAAUAUUUAUUAGCAAAACCAUCUACGACGAAGCAAUUGUAUAAUGAACAUCAAUCUAAUGUAUGGCAGGAGUACAGUGCAUUAGGAAGACCAAAGGUGUGUGCGAAUUCUAAUUCCUGGACGCCUUUGCCACACUCGAGACCUCAGUUUUGUAUUUUCUUCUUUGUAUUGCCUGAUAUUCCAUGAUAUUUUAAGUACCCAUCAUAUUCUCCUCACAAAAAGCACGAAUUCAACCGAUGACACACCUUUAUCAGAAAAAUCCUAUCAUCUAUACCAAGUGCUCUCUUCCUGUCCUUGUUACACCCUUCUGUGGAUCCAUACACAUAUGGUCGACAUAUCUUUUGUUUGAAGUUAUACAUGAGUGCGGAUGCUCUGGAGUCGGAAUAACAUUGCUCCGCACACUGGGUCAGUGACCGGGCAGGAAAUGAUCUCCCGAAUAAUAUAGGGUAGUAUACCCUCACACGACGAAUAAAGACAAAUGACAUCUCAAUAACACAUCCCUGCCUCUGAAUUUGCAGGAUCAAAACAACUAACAGAACAUACGAACUCAUUCGUGCCAUUUCAUCCGCAAGUCAGUCGCGAGCCAGUAAUUUAACAACACUUUUAUGAUCUGCGUUAGUUUUUUCCCUUUAUAAAUAAAGCGAUUCCGCACUGGCGACUCACCAGUUUCCACACCAGUCUGGCAAAGAGGUGUCGCCAAAACGAGCUAUUUUGCCUGAACUACGACUGGACUUAUUCGUCCUUCCAACUAAAGGACGACAUGUUGGCCAUCGCCGUUGCCUUGUUACUAAUGUCGCCAUCCGCCAUCCGCACUGCCAGUCCAGGUGCUGAAGGAUAUCACCUUCAAGCAGACGUAAAGAACUAGAGUGUCAUCCUUGCGGUUAAACCACAGUUACUUAUUAAGGUGCAAACCAUAGGUCUCUAAAAAGGCCUUUCUGUCAGAAACACGUCAAUCGAUUCUGAGUACAAGUCAUUGUAUAACAGGCUUUUCAACGCAUCGAACAAUCGAUUCUUUAAGU